UUAUCGAUAGCCAUUAUGCUAUCUCCAUAUCCUUGUUAACAAGGCCAGAUUGUACGGUAUCAGAUACGGCCAGAUUAUGCGGUGAAAGGAUUUGUAUCCUGCUUGUAAAUCACUACUCUAUACGGUAGACGAUUUUCCUGCAACUGCUUUCUACCGGAAAAUAUUAGUCUGUACAUGUUAAGCAAAUAACCUCCGCCGUAAGGGUCGCAAGGGCUGCUAUUGUUUGUGUGAUCUCGUGGGAAAACCAAUGUUCGACUUAACACGCGCGGCGAUGCAGCACAUGCAGGAGACCCAGAUGGACCGGCGACGCUCCAGUCUGGCCCCCGGGGAGAUGGUGGAUGGUGGGCCGGUGCCGGCUCCAUCACCGGGCGAUCGUCGUCGCAGCACGGUCAUCUCCGUCAGUGUCAACAAUGCCCGUAACACACAUGCGCCCAUGAAAACCAAUCUGAGCAUAAACUCCAUCCCGGAGAAAAUCCUGCUGCACAUCUUUAACUUCCUGGAACAUAAGGAAAUUUGCAGACUAGCCCAGGUAUCGCGUAAAUGGCGCCAGAUUGCCUACGACAACCGUUUAUGGCAGCAAGUCUCCUUCCGCCCCGAGUUCGCCGGUCUCAUCGGCGCCCCUAGUGAAGUCAUCGCCAGCCAGCUCAUCUCCACGCGUUUCGGCUCCCAGCUGCGCUACAUCGAACUUCCCGUAGAACUGAUCACCGCCCACGUCUUCAACGAACUCGCCAAUAAAUGCCCCAAUCUCAGCCAUCUGGUCCUGGAUUUCUCCAACGCCAUGCAGCUCCACGAUUUCAACGACCUCAACGCCUUCCCGGCAAAACUGCACACCCUGUGUAUCUGUUUGUCGGAUGUGAUCUUUAUGGAGGGUUUCAUGCGGAAGAUCUACAAUUUCAUCAAUUCCGUCCAAUCGCUACAACUGAUCGGAACGUACGAGCGGGUAUCGGAAGAGGAGGAAGAAGUCCAUGAGACCGUCAAUAUUACGAAGCUGAAGAGUCAUACACCCAAUUUGAAGGUCAUCAAUUUUUAUGGGGUGAAGUUCCUGGAUGACAGCCAUAUUGAGGCCAUCUCCAGUAACUGUGUGCAUCUGGAGUGUUUGUGUAUCAAGUUUUGCACAAAGUAUACAGGGUCGUCUUUGAAGUUGCUGAUGCAGCGAUGUCGGAAGAUGAGUUGCCUACUGCUGGAGCAGACUAGUCUGCAGAGCCGAUAUCUGCAGGAUGUCGAAUGGGAGAAGACCAAGUUGGGAGAGCUGGACAUCACAUCGUGCCAGAUUAGUACCGAGUGUCUGAUUAGUGUGCUGAGCAGAAUAAGAAAUCUCAAGUGGUUUUGUGCCGGGUUUGUCGAUGGAUUCAACGACCAGGUGCUGGAAAGCAUGAUGGCCAGCGGCAAUGCUCUGGCACUGCAGUCCGUGGACUUCCAGAGCUGCGAUAAUCUCACCGAGGAAAUGCUAUUUAAAUUCCUGGAAGCGCAUGGCUCGCAGCUCGUGGGCUUGAAUCUCUCCGGUAUACCGCCUUUGGUGGAGCAUUUUUGGACGCAGAGUAUUCCGUUUCUGAAAAAAAUUAGGAUUUUGAUAAUGGGAACCGGAAAAAUCUGCAACAUUUCCCGCUUGGUCUCUAAAAUCCAUGUUGACCAGAUCAUCGACCACGUGGCAAAUAACUGCCCGCGCAUCGAACGUCUGGAAAUACGUUGGGAUCCGACAAAUCUGCGCUUUAGCGACAAGAGCAGCAAAUUUGUCGAUACACUCCGUGUGAAAGCCGGUCGGCUACGUUCCCUGUGUUUGUCGGAUGGAGAAUAUUUCGAACUGGUUAAAUCAAAUUUUGAACGCGCACACCGGCGCAUGGUCGUCCGUACCACAGUGUGCUGUAGCACGACCUUACUGCCACUUCUGCCCUAUUACAAAGACCUAAGGUUUAACUGAUUGACUACCUUUUUGUUUUUCCAGUUGACAGUGCUUUUUCUUGGUGAACAGUGUACAAACUGUGCGGAUACUUGUAAUGUCUAUGUUCGUUAAAUUCUGCCGUGUACUUACCUUAAGUUUCAUAUUGAAAUCAGUAUUUACUGAUUUUCAUAGUGAAAAUUUUAAAUAGAAAUCUGAAUGGUGAAUUUGUUAACGUAACAUGAGAUUUGAUAAAAAGACUGUAAUCAAGGGUAAAGUUUAAAAGAUUAA